CGUCUUUUACCUAUUCUCUCUCUCUCUCUCUCUUUUUUUUCUCCCUUAUGUCUUUUUUUUCUUCAUGUUUAGUUUCAAUCGAAAAACGAUACAAGGUGUUGUCUUCCAUGUCUCAGUGAUAUAAAGAAAAGAAAAAGGAUUUUUCUUCAUUCGAUCCAUCGAUCUAUUCUUUAUAUUCUUAUCUUUUUUCUCUUUUUUCAUUCUUUAUUUCUUGGGUGAAAUGCGUCGCGAUUCGCGAACAACGGAGGAGGAAGGAAUGAGAAGAAGGAGAUCAAGUGGAAGGAGAUAAAGGGUUUUGAAAUUGUUAGAUCCUCUGUGUGCGUGUGAUCGAUCGAGAAGUACGGAUUUUCGGAGCUUAAAAGCUGUGCGUGAAAAGAAGAAACGAAGGAGAAGAAAAGGAAAAAGAAAGAGAGGGAGAGAGAGAGGGGGGGAGAGAGAAAAAGAAAGAAAGAGAAAAUAAGAAGAAAAGUAGGAGGAGAAGGGCUGCUUCUAUAAACGUCGCUCAUAACUUUUUUUCUUAUUCGUUGGAUCUUCUGCAGGAUUUGCUUAUGAGCUUUAAGAAGUACGGAUACUGUGUUCGUUCAAGCAGAACUCAACAAAUUUUCAAGAGACAAGAAGAACUAUAGGAUAGGUUCGGAUAAGACUGAAAGGAUACCAUUAGGAAGACAGAGAGAGAGAAAGAAAAAAAUUUCCAAAAGAUCUUCUGACUGCCGGAAGUUGUUUCGUCUUUUGUGGACCAGCCAAACUAUACGGUCUCUCUUCUCUUCAGGGGAAUUCGUCGAACUUCUGGAGCAGGAUGCAAGGGCAGCGGGAAGUGCGUGAAAGCGCGCAAAAAUGGAAUGUAAUUCGAUCGCAUCGAAUUGGUGCGUCGUGAGUUACGAUCGACGCUCCCGAAUUCCUCCAUCGUCGAAGAUCCUCGUGAGCGUCAUCGAAGGAGACGAUGCACGGGAGCGUUGACGAUCAUCGAAGGUCCGGUUCGACCGGACCAUCCACUUGAAAUUGACAGGGAUGAAAGGGACAGGAGACGUUGGAGAAGGACACGUGUCUCGCAUAGAACCAGGAAGAGAGCUUCUCGUUUUUUCGAAGAGCAACCAGUCGAAAGCGUCGUGGAAAGGCGAGCACCUGUCGGCGGAGGUGGUGGUGGUGGUGGUGGUUGUGGGAGGAGGGGGAGAGGGAGAAGGAGGAGGAUGGAACACAAACAAACGAUUCUGCUGGCGCCGGCACUCAGCAACAGCAGUUGCUGGCGAGCCGGCAACUCUGAAGCGAUCUGGACCGGGCCAGGAUUCGGGGAAUUGUUACGAGCAACUCUGAUCUUGGUACUCAGCCUUGGUAUACUUUUUGCUAACCUACUCGUUAUUUGCGUCAUCAACAGCAGGCGAUAUAGCAAAUACAUUCACGCACAGCCAAGAUAUCUGUUGACGAGUCUUGCGAGCAAUGACCUCGCCAUCGGUCUCCUGGUGACUCCUUUUGGCUUUUUACCGGCAGUUUAUGGAUGCUGGCCUUAUGGCGAAGUCGUCUGUCAAAUUCAGGCACUUCUCAGAGGCGCUCUGACCCAACAAAGUGCGGUCAUACUAGUCUGCAUGGCAAUCGACCGUUACGUAUGCAUGCUGCACCCUCAUCGUUAUCACAGGCAUUCUUCUAAAAAGUAUUACAUGCGGCAGGGUUGCGUGGCAGUGAUGUCGACCACUUGGAUAGCAAGCUUGGCGAUUUUCGGCGCUUUGGUUCUCCCAAGGGGUGGCUACUACUUCAAUGGCUCCGGCCUUCUCGCCUGUGAUCCUUUCUUCGCUAGAGCCUCCCUUAGAAUUCUCGCAUGCUGCUGUUUCUACUUUCCAACGACAAUGGUGUUGAUGUACUGUUAUGGCUCGGCGUUCCACGUUAAUAAACUACGCCUGAAGAGGGUGGUCUGCGUUAACACGCCGGAGAUCGUUAGCGGUGGCCACAUAGAGAGGCUCGUCGCUCAUGAAAGAAGAUUGUCGACUUCGGCGUCGCGAACAAUGGCCGCGAUGAGCUUAGGAUUCAUCGUAAUGGUCACGCCUUGGACGAUUCAGGAAGUAGUCGCAGCUUGCACCGGAAGCAAGCCUCCGCCGUUCCUUGACUUUCUUGCCACGUGGCUAGCACUUUCCAACAGUUUUUGGAAUCCAUUUCUUUACUGGUUGCUCAACAAUCACUUUCGACGUAUAUCGAGGGAGUUGCUUUAUACGAAGCUUCUUUGCAGAUCAAAGCCGUUGGGACCGAAACAACAUUGUUGUGCUACUAGUACCGGUGGCCUCGACGUUUGCAGUAUCAGUGGAGUAGAUUUGUCGGGAUUGGAACGUUGCUCAAUGGAUCGAUGUUCUAUGGCGAGAUGUUCAUCCUCAUCUUUAGCCAAUAAUCCAUCACCACUUCCAUGGGAAACCGGACACAUGAUACGUGGUGACGUCACGCCCACGUGAGGAAGGGAUGCCGCCACGCAAACGGACGAUCCGGGAUCACCGGAUCACAUCAGUUAGUAUCGCGUGGCGGCAGGAUUCCAUCUGCUGAUCCAGGGACAAGAACGACGAAGAAUGUAUGAUGGCGAAUAUUCUUCGGUCUGGCCGACGGAUCUUGUCCCAUCAUUAGGGGAAAGUUCCCAUCAAGACAGGUCUUCUUCUUCUUAUCACGAGAACAAUGGGACGAUCGAAAGCUCGAAGACUCGCCAACGUUCGCGACGAGAGAGACGCGUCAAAUACGCGAGCUUUCUCAGCUUACCCGAUCUUGUACCGGACGAAUCUUAGAAAUGACGGGAAGACAAACAAUUUUAUCAUAGAAACUAAGAUCUGUUCUCCUUAUUUUUGACUAAGAGAAUGUAAGGCAGAAUUUAUCGUAUAAAAAGAAAAUUCGACGGAAGUACUCGUUUUGUUUUUUUUUUGUUUUUUGCGAAAAAGGAGAACGCAGAAUGAGAUUUUAUGUCGGACGAAUGUUAAACAAGUCUUUUAUUUUUUUUCUUUCUUAAUUUUACGAAGGAGAACGUAGAAUAACAUCAUUUGUCGGAAGAGCGAUAGAAUAUUUUUUAUUUUCUUUACUUUCGUGAAAAGAGAGAGCGACGAAGUCUGUAGAAUAGAGAAAUUCGAAGGAAGAACUCGUUCUUUCUUUUUUGUUGUCAUUACUGCAAAGUUGAGGAAGAUCUUUUGUCAGACGUAUUUUAGAAGUUACGAAGAGUUCAUAAUUUUUUCGAAGAAAGAAAAAAAACCAAGAGAGAGUUUUUUCUCUAUCUAUUUUGUUUUUGAGAACUAGAAUGUAGGGCAGAGAAUCUAUAUCGAAUAAGGAAAUUCGUAGGUAAUUUUCUUUUAUUUUUCUUUUUCUUUAUUACUAAAAAAAGAUAACAUAAAACAAAAUUUCCAGCGAUGAACGGAACGAUACGAUAGAAGUAUUUGUUUCCUUAUUUGUUUCUCUUUUCCAUUUUUACGAAGAAGGAGAACGUAGAGCAAGAUCGGGUCCGCGGUGCCUGAAUGGAGUACGGAGAGACCACGACGAUAAUGUCGAAUAAAAAAUGUCUCUCUCUCUUUAUUUAUAUUAUGAAUCUCUCUCGUGGAAGGAAUUAUAAAACGCACAAUGUACAUUUCUUGGAGUAUAUAAUAUUAAUGCAAUGGAGAACAACAUCGUAAUUAGUAAAUCGUAAUUCGUAAUUCUAUGCAAUCUCACGUUUUAAAUGGCCCAUCGAGGCCAUUUAAAAAGCAGUCUUCAAGUUACUAAUCAAUGUAAAUCGUUUGUGGAAAUCAUUUUUUAGGAAAUAAUAAAGAAUCCUAUGGAAGUAUUUACUUGAUGCUGUGAUAUCGUUAGGAUUAUCGUCUUAUUAGUUUUCUUUUGUAAUAAAAGUAGAAAUUCAAUUAGUUUAGUUUCGAUUAGUUUGUUUUUGAAGAUCUUUUUAGUUCUUUUUUUGAAAUUUAUACAACGACAAGGGUGUCUCGAAACUUCGAGCGUUAUCUAACAGCAAAAUCAUCGAACUAGCAUUAGAAGCAUCCACCGUACGAAAGUAAUGCAACCAGUGCAUUCGUGCGUAAGCUUCUAGAUAGCGCUGAAUGUAAAUCAGAUACAUACAUAUACAUACGUACAAAAUUUUCUUUAUACAAGUGUUUACUACACGACCUUCUUUAUACAAGUAGGGAUAUUUCUUAUCGUUAGAAGUGUUCUUUGAAAGGUGGUUCAAACAUAUGCUCGUUAGAUGGCGUUAAAAAUUUUUGAAGUAUUGAAUUUUUUGUUAUUUAUAGAUUUUUAGGUGGGGCGCUUAAAUAUAUUCCGUCUUUUUUAUUUAUAAAAUAACUGAAGUAAGUAUUUUCAAAUCGAUACAUAAUGUUAUCGUUUAAUUAAUAUUUUUUAAUGAAUAGAUGUUCUCUGUUGGAUAGAAAGGAAAUUCUUGUUUUUAGAGGAAUAAAAGCGUUUAAAUAAAUGUCCAAUUAAAAGUUGACGAAAACAUUACGAUGGAUCUCAUUUUGUUCGCUCGUAAUUAGCAUCUCGUUUAAAAACGAAAGGUAUAACAUGGAUAGUAAUAGAUUGUACACAAACGUGUAUAUAUAAAUAUAUGAAUGAAUGUUUAUAAAAGAUCGCGAUCAGCGAACAUUUAAUUACAAAUACAGCAAAACAGCAGGUAAAUUUGGUGAAUGAGUUGUCUCAUAAAAUAUAUUUUCUCCUAAAAAUAGCUUAAUAUGUUUUUAUUAGUUUCUUUCUCAUUACGUAGACACGCGAAAAUUAAUAAGCAUUUCAUAAUAUUGAAAUCAAAUAUCAAUGCCUAAAAUCAAAUCAAUUUUUUAUUCGAAUCAGCUUCUACUAUGUUGCAUUAUAGGUAAACAAGUGUUGAUUUUUGAAAUAUAUUUGUAUUCAGUGCUUUUAGAAAAAUAAAACUUUUCAUUAUUUUGUAUAAGUUAAUGAUAGUCGUUUUUAUAUGGACAAUAUUUAGACGUAAAUUUUUAAUAGAUUAACAAAGACAUUCUAAAGAUUUAAACGUUUAUUAUCUUGUAUACAUCUUUAUCAUUCAUAAAAACAGAAUUAUCAGAGGAAUUAGAGAGAUUGCGAUUUAUAAUUCGUCUAUACAUUUUUCUCUUCGGCGGCAGUUUACAAGAAAAAUACACGUUAAUUACAACGAUAGCCCGAGUAUUUAACGAGUACCUUUUUAGUGACAUCGCUUAUUUUCUAAGAAAUCGAUUUUUCGUCUGGACUCGUUGUCGGUCGUGAUCUCGGACAGAUAAAUUCUCCGCUGUGGUGAAUCGCGUGAUAUGAAAUACGUUCGUUUUUUUCUUUCUUUUUCCUUUUUUACAGAAAAUUUAAUAUCUUUUCAAUGACGAUACACUCGUUUACACGCAAAAAUAUAAAUCUCUGGAAUAAA